AUGAACAUUGUGACACGAAUUCCUCUACUCGCUUUGGAGGUUAGUGGCCACGGCGUUCCUUGGCUAGCUAUCCCCAUACUGCUUUUCCUUUGCAAAACCCACCUCUCGGCAACCUCGGCGGCCCUCAUGCUCAAUUUUCUAGCCCUUACAGUUCUAGACCUUCUUGUCAUUCUCAUUCUCAAGCCACUCUUUCGAAGGUCACGCCCUGUUUACAAUACUGGCAUUGGCCAUGUAACACUUCACGCCGUUGAUCAAUUCUCUUUCCCUUCUGGGCACUCGACAAGAGGCGGGUUUCUGUCAUCCUUUGUGUGUUAUUCGCAGUACUACUACUCUGCCGGCCUUGUUUCGUGGGCUGUGUCCCCGAUUUUUACUGCGUUUGCCAUUGUUUGGGGACUGGCAAUCUGUAUGUCUCGAGUGGCUCUCGGCAGGCAUCAUAUCUUAGACGUCGUCGCAGGGUGCAUGCUAGGUCUUUCUUAUGUUUAUGCAUGGCAACAUUUCUGGAUUGGGGAGGUGAUGGCAAGCGAUCUGCGAAACGAUCUUCGUUCGACUUUUUUUUCAACUGCAGUGACUUAUUUUCCAAAAAUGGCCUCCGGAUUCGAAUAUCCAUCCUCAUGA